CCUCUUUUCCGGAAAUUACACAAACCUGCACCAUCUAUGUUUUCCCAUUUAUAUAAGGUGAAGGUCACUAAAAAUGGCAACUGUUGUCAGGAACGUGCGAGCUCUGUUUAAAUUUCACCCAACAGUUCUUAGACGAUCGCUUUGUAGAUUUAGUGCAGUGUCAUAUGUACACAAUAGACAUCAAACAAAUGAACUAUGUUGCUUGAAUUCACACAAACUUCUAUCCAAGACACCAAAUUUAAACCUAACACGAGCAUAUGGUGCAGCUGUUCCAAUGACCUUUGAUGCUAUUACACAGAGGGUCAUGCUUGUUCUAAGGUUGUAUGACAAAAUCAACCCAGAAAAGCUUACUGAGGAGUCUCAUUUUAUGAAUGAUAUGGGAUUAGACAGCUUAGAUCAAGUGGAAAUAAUUAUGGCCAUUGAAGAUGAGUUUUCUUUUGAAAUACCUGAUUCUGAUGCUGACAGAUUGAUGAAACCAAGAGAUAUUGUUCAGUAUAUAUGUGAUAAAGAAGACGUAAUAGAAUGAUGUUAUAUUCAGAUAUAGAUAGAAAGAGAAGGAAUAUAUUUGAAGACAAGAACAAACAUUACGACUUUAAGCAUUGUGUUACAUCAAUUAUGUUCCAAUUCAGUGUGUGAAAUUGUCAAUAUUUGUUUAUUCAGUAAAUUUUACAAUAUG